CUUUCCUGCAUUUUCUUCAUUUCACGACACGUGGUCGUUACUUUCGGCUGUUCGGUGCGGUCCCUGUAGUUUUAAUUUUAAUUAAGAAAAGGUGCAUUGUCCCCUAAGUUGGGCUCAGGCAAAUAGCGACGUGCACUAUUUUUUUAAUUGCGUUAUCUAUCCAAAAAUGUUGUCUGUUGAUGAAUUGGCCUGCGUUUACAGCGCAUUGAUCUUACAAGAUGAUGAAAUUGCUAUAACACCAGAAAAGAUGUCUACAAUCCUUAAAGCUGCCAAUGUCGAUGUUGAGUCUUAUUGGCCAGGUCUUUUUGCUCGAGCACUAGAGGGAGUUGAUGUGAAACAGCUCAUCACCAAUGUAGGCUCAGGAGCUGCAGCUGCUCCAGCUGGUGGUGCCGCAGCUGAAGUUGCUGAGGAUGCAGGUGGUAAGGAGGCCAAAAAGGAAGAGAAACAGGAAGAGUCGGAAGAGGAAGAUGAUGACAUGGGAUUUGGUCUCUUUGAUUAAAGGAACCAAGCUGUACAUUUUCAGAAUAUGUUAAAUAAACAGCAUUUUUAAUACA